CUGAGCUAGCACGUCGUCGAAGAAUUUGCCAUUUUCACCCCGCAGAUAUUUGCUCGGGGAUGCUAGCUGGCACUUUGCCCGCUACGGUGUCUUCACGCCAUCUCCCCUCGCUUAGAUACGCUCCUCUCGUUAUGGCCAACUAGAAUUUGCCCUGAAAGCACCAUGGGUGAGCGGACUGAAACUGACUCGCCGCUAUGAACGUUUUAAGGGACUUGUCUAUAGGGAGCAGGAAUGCGGUGCAAGAUUGCGGCAAAAUGAAGGAACGAACAACUGUGAAUGGAUAUCGUUCGCGCGUGCGCGCGUGUAUGUAUAGUGUCUUAAGGCAAGCCAGUGGCAUGGAAGUGCGUGCGGAAACCUCGUUCGUGCGUGUGCGUGCGUGUGUGUCAACAGCUUGAUAUGCCGUCAAGGGCAAAGACAGCCAUGCGCGGAGCGUGACGCGAUAGGAGCAGUGUUACGUAUGGUCCCAUAAACACGUAGCCGCCCCGCGACAGACGAGACGCAGGAGAUACGAGUGUGCUGCCGCCGCCGCGCCAGCAUCGCUCCCUCAAAACACAGUCCCGCACCUGACGCAUACGCUUGGCUAUCUAUCCAUCAUCAACGCUUCCUCGCUAUCAGCCGAGCAUACACUUGAGACUAUCUCAUCGGCGUAGGUAGGACAAGCGAGCGGUCGUUAAUUUGUGCAUUUGAUCGACGCGGGUGUUCUAGUGUCUUUGCGUGUAGCACAGUUAAACUGAACUUAUAUGUACGUGUAUAAUAGGUGUGCCGGCUUGUAAUCAUUCAUCUUACACGGAUGUGUAUCGCUGAUAUCUGACCACGUCAGCUAUACGUCGCCGAGGGUGGUCUGAGCGUCCCUCACGGGGGGGGGGGGGCGGUUUGUGCCGUUCGUCGUAACGUUAGUGUGGAAUUUGCUAUAAUGCCAGAGAUGGAAUCGGCCACUGGCAGCCAGUUCUUAGAGAUCGUCCGCUUCGUCAAGCGCAAGCAGAAGCGACCAAACGGUGACGUAAGCGGUAACGUAGGCCACGAUACAAAUAGCACCGACCCGAAGCUGAUGCGAGCUCGCAUCUUCGUCGGAAACCUGAACACGUUCAAGGUCACCCGUCACGACCUUGAGAAUAUCUUUCAGCGCUACGGUCCGAUCACGGCCAUCUCGAUGCACAAGGGUUACGCCUUCGUGCAGUUCAUGAACGAGCUUCACGCGCGCGCGGCUGCUACCGACGAGCAGGGCAACAUCAUCGCCGGACAGCCCAUGGACAUUAAUAUUGCCUGCGAGCCAAAGUCGAGUCAGAUUUUCAAUAGGGCGCUGAAUGAGGAAUGUUAUUCAAAGAAGCAGAAACUGCAGCGUGACAGCGGCUGUUGCUCCAAUAACAGUCAUCAGACGACGUCAUCAGAGGCCCCGCUGAUGUCAUACGCGUCGCCAGAUAUUCUGAUAUGCGGCAACUGCAAGGACCAGUUUGAAGACAUGGCGAUGUUGGUGGGCCACAAGCGUUCACGUUGCAAGCUGCGUGUUACAUGCAAGUGCCAACAGCUCUCAAAAAAACAAGACAACGAACCAGAGAAGCUAUGUUGCACGGCAUGCAAGCAGCUGUUCGCCAACAGCUGGGAUCUAGUCUCUCACGUCCAAAUGUGCCAUGGACUGCCUAUCUAUAUGGAACUGUUCCACAGCGCCCAGGAAAAUGGAUCACCGCCUGCGAAUAAGGAAAGAACGCUCUCGUCAUCGACUGUGAUGUUCCGAUCGUUACAGGAUGGGAUGACGUUCGAUGACAGAUCGGAAGGGUCCUCCUAUUCGCACGAAACUGGUUGACAUCGUCAUCAGCAUAGGCACCACGUAGCGGCUCGUUCGUGUAGAGUUGCAACCAUCAUUCUAUAGCUAUAAUAAAUUAUAAAUCUGUGUAUUCAACAGUUUAUUUAUCUGUUAAUUUUAUCAUCUCAUCUCAUUAUAUUUAUCAUUCUAACUAUAUCUGUCAAUUCAUCCAUCUACCAAUCCGGACGUCCAUCAGCCAGUCCGUCCAUCCUCAUUAUAUUUAGGUAUAUUACGCAUGAUAUAAGCUAUAACGAGGAAAUAAUGUCUAAACUAAAGUAAUGGCUCUACUCUAUUUUCAUUACUUUGAUGCCUAAUAUACAUUUGCACCGUAAUAAGAAACGAUCAAAUCGUUUUCAGAUACAGAGUAUCUUUGCCUGCUUUCUCAUAUUAAUAAUUGAAGACGUUAUCGGGUUUAACCUGGCAUAUUGACAAUGUUAUUAAAUUAAUAUCGUUAUCAUUAUUAAAUUAAACAAUAUAAUUAAUUUAAAUACGUCGCUCAUAGAAUGACUAACUUUAUUUAUUUUUUAGCUACAACUUAUUAGACCUCCAAUCAGCGUUUGUAAAU